AUGUGGCAGAAAGUAGAAAAACAGGGCUGGAGAGGAGUGUGGGACCCGGCACGGAGCGCAGCUGGGCUACUGCUGAACCACUGGGUGGCUUCGGGGACAGUCGCUGAAAAGGAGACGUUAGACAUACCUAAGAAAAUGGCUCCUUGCUUUGUGAACUUCUCCAGAUUACAGCAGAUCUCAGAUAUUCAAGCUGAAAUCUACCAGAACAACCUAGAAAUUGAACUUCUAAAACUAGAAAAGGAUACAGCAGGUCCUAUUCAUCCUUCCUAUUUAGUUGAGAAGUGUGACACUGUGCAAAGCAUGAACAGUCAUCUGGAAAUGGUGCUGAAAGAGAGGCGGGCCAUCAGGCAAAGACUGCUGAGGCCCAUAUGCCAGGAGAACUUGCCAAUGGAAGCUAUGUACCACAGAUACAGGGUACAUUUGUUGGAGAUGGCUGUGACUUUCAUCAAGAAGUUGGAAAACAAUCUUGAAACAAUUAGAAAUGUCCCUCAUUUAGAUACAAACCUAAAGAAAAUGAGCGAGGCACUAGCCCAGAUGGAUAUUUUGGUGAACAAGACAGAAGAACUGUCAGAGGAUACACUCAAGUGGAGAGAACAACAGAAGGAAAUUUCCUUGUGUAUCCCCAAAAUACUAAGUGAAGAAAAUUAUCUUCACAAACUUGAUAUAGUGCCUCCUUUACCUUUUGUUUAUAAAGUUCAUGCCCAAACUGUUAAUGCCAAGUGAUAACCAUCUUUCCUUCUGUUUAAUUAGGUGUAGUCAAAGAAGUCUAAUUUCAGGUGAUUGUAACAAGGAUAUU